AAACAAAUUGUAGCUGCAGCCACUGGUAUUCCCUGUGAGUUUAAUUCUGGAACCACAGGUGCCACACAAAGCAGAAGCUGCAUUUCUGCUGUAUAUUGGGGGUGGGCAAGUUGUGGCAGUGUUUGUGGUCCUUGAUGUGAAACAAGAACUGUUUCUGGCUGUUAAAAGCAUAAUUAAAUACAAAACAAUAGCUCACAUCUAUAUACUUAUCCUGGGCUCCCACUCCUUAGUGUUAGACUUGCAGGAAUUAAAACCUGAUAAUAGGAAACAAACUCAAAUUUAGGAUGCUUUUUGUGUUGCUGUGGCAUGGCAUGGGAGGGCUGUGUCUUUUCAGGCCUACUUGCCCAGUGCUCUCUGGUGAGCUGUGCUAGAUUCGGGAGCGUGGUGCACAGCACUCCAGUCUGACAGUGCUGCUUGAGAUGAGAGCUGAGGACUGGGGCUUCAGUUUGAUGUGAUAAGCUCAUAAAUGAGAAGCAGCUCCCCAUACUGCACCUCUGCAGGUCCCCCUGCCACCUGUUGAAUCAUUUCCAGGUCUCUGGAAAACAAGCUCUUUCCUCUUGCUCCACGGUGAGAUGAAGCAAACGAGGAGAGUUGGUGCCAGCUGUAAGAGCCUGCUUGGAGGGAGCGACCUCUACACUCUGACCUGUGCUCCUGCUGUAAUUGUGAGUCACAAGCCUUCAUGCAAAAACAAUGUUGAAGAGUCUUUUCCUUUCAGGGUUGUGCUAACAUGAGAUCUGAGGAUAGUGCAGGUGGUGUUUUCUCUUGUUUGUGGCUGUCUGUGCUGUGUUAUUUGGAGUCCAUGAAGAAUGUUUGGAGGCUUGUAUCUAUAAGGGUGUGUAGUGCUGUUGAAUUUCGUGAAAUCACUCUAGCUUCUGCAGCUGCAAGAGAUUGCAGCCUCACUUAUUGUAAAAUGCACACGGCAGGUUCACAGCUAUUUGGGAAUGCCAAAUGGUGCAUUUGAGUGCAGCCUGGAAUACAGAUGCUGCGUGUUUGAGGAAGGAGCUGGUGUAGGAGCAUGAAGGGACUGAUGUCAGAGCCAGAGCAAAAUUGUAUUUCUUAAUUUGGUGGUGGAAAUUCUGGUACUGAAAUCAUCACCGUGCUGGGUUUUUUUUUGUUUUUUUUUUUAGUUGGGAAUGUUGCCUUGAGUUUGCCUGGCUCCUGCUUUGUUCUUCAGCUUGCUUUUAGCUUUUGAUCUGGAGCUGUGAUGGCUACUGGCUAAAUGAACGCUUUGAGAAUUGCUAUUGAAGGCAUCUUAAGAAGCUGAUCUUCAUGUGUAACUUGGCUCAACAUUGUUUGUGCUUCCCAAAUUGGGGCCUUUUAGAAUCUGAGAUGUCCACAGAACUCUGACAGUUUCAGAUGAGGUCCCUUGUUUACAUGACACAGUACUGCUGAGUAACCAGGUCUGGUAUUCAGGGUAGUUUGCUGUGGUGUGCAGUGUUGUUAUUCAGUGUGAGCUCAGUGGGUCACACAGGUAUCUGCACCCUAAAGAGGCUGAGAACUCUUGGACACAUCAGGAAUAAUUUCAAAUUCUGAGUCUAGGUAUUUUCAACAGUAUUUGGAACAAGAGGGAGACUAACAAGCCAUUCAGAGACUUUUUUCAGGAAAAAUACUGCUGCUUUCUCUUGUGCCAUAGCCUCCUGCCCUGGUCACGUUGCUGUGCCCUGUGUAAGUGGGUUGCAUUGCAGUGCCUCGUUGGCCACCUUGCUGCAAAACCAGACAGUCUGGGAAGGUGGCUGUGACUCAAAUGCAAAGGAGAAAAGGGCUUUCUUCCGACUCACUUGGUUAUCUGGGGGGCUGAAGUACCCUCUACCUUCUGGGGCACCGUGAAAAAACGUGCCUCUUGAUAUGGGGAGGGAUACAGCUUUGAUUGCUUUGAGGAGCUUGGGAAUUGGAGAGUGGUAAUCUCCAACACUGGGGAUUAAAAGCUUGUUUAUUUGUUUAUUGCCUUUAUUGCAUAUGAGGAAAGUUCCCUAUGCUUGCUAUCAAUAAUGUUCUCUAAUAAUGUUUUGUUUGUUGCUUCACCAGGGAAGGGAUGCCAAGAUUUAACUCUUUUCCAGCACCUGAGCAGGAUGGAGCAGGAGCUCCAGCUAAGAGGAUUCUGCCUCAGCACAGUUGAAGUUGUUCUGGAGUGGAGAAUACACUCUGAGUGCAGAAUGAAAAGGAAUCCAGCAACUAUCACUCGAAUACUGCUUAGCCAUUUCAACUGGGAUAAAGAGAAGCUGAUGGAGAGGUACUUUGAUGGCAACUUGGAGAAGCUCUUUGCUGAGUGUCAUGUAAUUAAUCCAAGUAAAAAGUCUCGAACGCGCCAGAUGAACACAAGGUCAUCAGCUCAGGAUAUGCCUUGUCAGAUCUGCUAUCUGAACUACCCAAACUCGUACUUUACUGGCCUAGAGUGUGGACACAAGUUCUGUAUGCAGUGCUGGAGUGAAUAUUUAACUACCAAAAUAAUGGAGGAAGGCAUGGGACAGACCAUUUCAUGCCCUGCUCAUGGCUGUGAUAUCUUAGUUGAUGACAAUACAGUUAUGCGUCUGAUCACAGAUUCCAAGGUGAAAUUAAAGUACCAGCAUUUAAUAACCAAUAGUUUUGUAGAGUGUAAUCGACUGUUAAAAUGGUGUCCUGCCCCAGACUGCCACCAUGUUGUUAAAGUCCAGUAUCCUGAUGCUAAACCUGUUCGCUGCAAAUGUGGACGUCAGUUUUGCUUUAACUGCGGUGAAAACUGGCAUGAUCCUGUUAAAUGCAAGUGGUUAAAGAAAUGGAUUAAGAAGUGUGAUGAUGACAGUGAAACUUCUAAUUGGAUUGCAGCAAACACAAAGGAAUGCCCAAAAUGCCACGUCACCAUUGAGAAGGACGGGGGCUGCAAUCACAUGGUCUGUCGGAACCAGAACUGCAAAGCUGAGUUCUGCUGGGUGUGUCUGGGCCCCUGGGAGCCUCAUGGAUCUGCCUGGUACAACUGCAAUCGUUACAACGAGGAUGAUGCAAAGGCAGCAAGGGAUGCGCAGGAGAGAUCCAGAGCAGCCCUGCAGAGGUACCUGUUCUACUGCAACCGCUAUAUGAACCACAUGCAGAGCCUGCGCUUUGAGCACAAGCUCUAUGCUCAGGUGAAGCAGAAGAUGGAGGAAAUGCAGCAGCACAACAUGUCGUGGAUUGAGGUGCAGUUCCUGAAGAAAGCAGUCGACGUCCUCUGCCAGUGUCGUGCCACACUCAUGUACACUUACGUCUUUGCCUUCUACCUCAAAAAGAAUAAUCAGUCCAUUAUCUUUGAGAAUAACCAAGCAGACUUAGAGAAUGCUACAGAGGUGCUUUCUGGGUACCUUGAGCGAGAUAUCUCUCAAGAUUCGCUGCAAGACAUAAAGCAGAAAGUACAGGAUAAGUACAGAUACUGCGAGAGUCGACGAAGGGUUUUGUUGCAGCACGUGCAUGAAGGCUACGAGAAGGACCUGUGGGAGUACAUUGAGGACUGAGACUGGCCCCGCAUAAAACGAACUCUGAAACUUUUACCAUCUAGAGCGCUCAUGCGAUAAAAAUAAAAACACACACAAGGCACUACGCCUGUUACACCGCUGGUCUGUAGAACCGGGAUUCUGUUUUGUUAACAGAAAAUUUAAGUAAAUUAUAUUGUAAUAAAAAAAAAAGGUAGAUAAACCAUUGUACAACAGUAUUCUAGGUGGCCAAUAAGAGUGUGACAGACUCACUAAAAAAAAAAAACCAACAAAAAAAAACAACCCUCCAACUUUAACUUGUAACGUAGCUUCAUUUUCCAAGCCGACUCCUUUUUCUUUUCUAUCUUUCUUUUCCUGUGUGUAGUACAGAUGAAAUUUAAACCAGUUUCUUGACACUGCUUUUCAUGUCCAAACCAGCCAUUUUGAUGUACUUUGGUAAGGGGGGAUGCCUCCCGCCCCCCUCCUCCUCUCUGCCCCCCCCCAGUACAUGGAUGAAUGUUGAUUGGCUCCUUGUAAAGAUGACUUUUUGGGGAGGGGAGGAGGGGGGUACACAGCAAGGAAAAAAACUUUGUAUAUGACUUUUAAAACAGAAAAAAAAAAAAGAGGACAACACAGUAUUUUUCAAAGUUGUAUAUAGCGCAUAUGCAUGGACAAAGAGCAAGCGUGGCACGUGUUUGCAUAAUGUUUAAUUACAAAAAAAAUAUUUAUUCUUUAAAAA